GGGGGGGGGGGGGGGGGGGGAGCGGCAGCGGCGGAGCAGCAGCAGGAGGAGGGGAAGGUGCUAGAGGCACUCGCUCUCCGCGGUGACCCGAACACGGCCUCUCGCCUCCCUCCCCCUGGCUCUCACUGCCGCUGUGUAGUUGGCACCGCUGCCCAGGCCGACCCUAAGUGGUGGUGACCGAGGGACAUGGCCAGGGGUGCUGGCGCCAGUAACGGGGAGGUGCCGCGAGCCACUGAGGGUGCGCUGCCAGGGCUGCCCGCUGCCCGCUGCCCGCCCACCGCCCGCGCGUGUGCGCGUCCGCCCGCCUCGCGGCUGCUCUCCACCCCUCCCUGACACACACACAGCCGGGCAUUGAUGGUAAUGUAUGCGAGGAAACAGCAGAGACUCAGUGAUGGCUAUCACGACUGGAGAGGGGACUCGCAGCCUUUCCAGGCACUUAAGUAUUCGUCAAAGAGUCACCCCAGUAGUGGUGAUCACUGACAUGAAAAGAUGUGAGACGCUGCACAUCCUUCACCACCAAAUAAAAUGUUGCGGAGAUCUGAUAGUCCUGAAAACAAAUACAGUGACAGCAUAGGUCACAAUAAGGCCAAAAAUGUGCACACUCAAAGAGUUAGAGAAAGAGAAGGUGGGACCAGUUACUCUCCACAAGAAAAUCUUCAUAGUUCAAAUUCACAUUCUUCUAAUCCAAGCAAUAAUCCAAGCAAAACUUCAGAUGCACCUUAUGAUUCUGCAGAUGACUGGUCUGAACAUAUUAGCUCUUCUGGAAAAAAAUAUUACUACAAUUGUUGCACAGAAGUUUCACAGUGGGAAAAACCAAAAGAGUGGCUUGAAAGAGAACAGAAACAAAAAGAAGCAAAUAAGUCGGCAGUUAAUAGUUUCCCAAAAGAUAGGAAUUACAGAAGAGAGGUGAUGCAAGCGACAGCCGCUAGUGGGUUCACCAGUGGAAUAGAAGACAAGCAGUCCGGCGAUGCCAGUAGUUUGCUCCCACAGAACAUUUUGUCUCAGACAAGCAGACACAAUGACAAAGACUACAGACUGCCAAGAGCAGAGACUCACAGUAGCUCUGCGCCAAUACAGCACCCCAUCAAACCAGUGGUUCAUCCAACCGCUACCCCCAGCACUGUUGUUCCUUCUAGUCCAUUUAUGCUUCAAUCUGAUCACCAGCCAAAGAAAUCAUUUGAUGCUAAUGGAGCAUCUGCUUUAUCCAAACUGCCUACACCCACAGCUUCUGUCCCUGCACAAAAAACAGAGAGAAAAGAAUCUGCUCCAGGAGACAAAUCAGUAUCACAUUCUUGCACAACUCCUUCCACAUCUUCAGCCUCUGGCCUGAACCCCACAUCUGCAACCCCAACAUCUGCUUCAACAGUACCUGUUUCUCCUGUUCCACAAUCACCAAUACCUCCUUUACUUCAGGACCCAAAUCUUCUUAGACAGUUGCUUCCUGCUUUGCAAGCCACGCUACAUUUUAAUAAUUCUAAUGUGGACAUAUCCAAAAUAAAUGAAGUUCUUACAGCAGCUGUAACACAAGCUUCCCUGCAGUCUAUCAUCCACAAGUUUCUUACUGCUGCAUCUGCUUUCAACAUCACCUCUCUGAUUUCUCAAGCUGCCCAGCUCUCUACACAAGCCCAGCCAUCUAAUCAGUCUCCGAUGUCUCUAACGUCUGAUGCUUCAUCCCCAAGAUCCUAUGUGUCUCCAAGAAUAAACACACCUCAAACAAACACAGUCCCUAUCAAACCUUUGAUUAGUACUCCACCUGUUUUGUCACAGCCAAAGGUUAGUACUCCAGUAGUUAAGCAAGGGCCAGUGUCACAGUCGGCCACACAGCAGCCUGUAACUGCUGAUAAACAGCAGAGUCACGAGCCUGUCUCUCCUCGAAGUCUUCAGCGCUUAAGCAGCCAGAGAAGUCCAUCACCUGGUCCAAAUCAUACUUCCAGUAGUAAUGCAUCAAAUGCAACAAUUGUACCACAGAAUACGUCUGCUCGGCCUGCAUGUUCAUUAACACCUACACUAGCAGCACACUUCAAUGAUAAUCUCAUAAAACAUGUUCAGGGGUGGCCUGCAAACCAUGCAGAGAAACAGGCAUCACGAUUGCGUGAAGAAGCCCAUAAUGGAAGUGUUCAUAUGUCAGAAAUAUGUACUGAAUUAAAAAAUUUGAGAUCUCUAAUUCGAGUAUGUGAAAUUCAAGCAACCUUGCGAGAGCAGAGGAUACUGUUUUUGAGACAACAAAUUAAGGAACUCGAAAAGCUAAAAAAUCAGAAUUCCUUUAUGGUUUGAAGAUGUGAAUAAUGGCACAUGGAAUCCUACAGGAACUGUAAAUCUAUUGCCCAGUCAUAAUAUUUUGAGCUGCAUUUAAGUAAACUGUGGACCGUUAAGAUGGGCAAAUGAAAUGACAAGGGGAUGGGGGGUCUGUGAGAGUCAAUUCAGGGGAAAGAUACAAGAUUGAUCUGUAAAACCCUUGAAAUGUAGAUUUCUUGUAGAUGUAUCUUCAUGUUUAAAUAUGUUUUGUAGAGUGAAGCCAUGGGAAGCUAUGUGUAAGAGAGCUUAGACAUCUGAAACUAAUCAAUGCUGAGGUGGCUAAAUACCUAGCCUUUUACAUGGAAACCUGUAUGCAAAAUUAGCUUUUUUAAAAAAAGAAAAAAAAAUUGGGGGGUUAAUUUAUCAUUCAGAAAUCUUGUAUUUUCCAAAAUCCAGUGCAAGUGCCAGGCGAUUUGUGUCUAAGGACACAACUUUGAGCAGUGUACAGAUAUCAUGAGACAACUGUUCUGCUCCAUUUGUUUCACAAAGACAUGUUUUCAUUUCCUGUAUGUUCCAUUCCCUCAGAAGUCCUUGGCCUGAUUUUAUCCAUUUUUUAAGGUGCCCCUUCUCCUUUCUAGGGCACUGUUGCUGUGGCACUUUUCUAUCACCUUCUCAUUCCUGUGUACAGUAGCUGGAAGUUGCAGUGAUCGAGCAUAACCCACAUGUUUGUAUAAGUUAUUGAAAUCCAUUUGCACCCUGUAAGAAUGGACUUAAAAGUACUGCUGGGCAAGUGUGCUGAAAGUACAUUGACUGCUCAAGUAUAAGGAAGUGGCCCAAUGAACAUGGUUGUGGGAGGGGAAGAGGAAACAGAGCUAAUCAGAUGUGAAUUGUAUCUGUUGUAAUAAACAUGUUUAAACAAAUACAUUGUGUUACUUUCUUUUCCUUUGGUCAGUGCAUAUUAGAAAUUGAACUACAUGGGGAUUCCUUAUCAAAACUAUUCUUGUUGAAUAUUUAUAUCUUAUUACAGUAAUUCCUUAAAGGGAGGUUUUGCUUAAAGCAUAUUAACAAUAAAUUGUGCAAAAGAUAUUUAAUGAAUGUGAAAUUCAACAAGAAGGAUGAAGUCACUUCCCAAGUGAUAUCAUUUGUUCAACCUGGUUUUCCUGUCUUGCUAUUAUGACACUUCAUUUUGAAGGAUGUUUGUGUUGUAGCUAACUGUUCAAGUCUGGUGCUGAC